AUGGUUGAUCAAAGCGAGCAUCUUCAAGUGAAUGCAUUGCGGUGUCAGCAUGAUGACCUUUGCGUAUCUCCCACACAAGUGGAGAGUACACAUAAUCUGUCGUCAUUCUAUACACCACCACAGCAAAAUACUUUUACAGCAAGUACAACGGAGAAUAGCCUUUACAGAUCUGCUUCCAUUUCACUUUCUCCAAAAAAUGACGACAGAAAAAGCUCAGAACAAAGGCAACCAUCACAUAGCACAAACGCAUGUGAACGAAAAUCAAAUGUUGGACCGGUUCGUCAUCUAUGCCCAUACGUAGGAUGCAAUAAGCAUUUCAGUUCAAUUGCACAUGCACGCAGGCAUUGUCGUAUCCAUAAAGAGCUGCCACCACAUCGAUGCUCCUAUCAAGGCUGUCAUGCCUCCUUUUCACGAAGAGAUAACUGUAUACAACAUCAAAAGCGUCGCCACGGGUACCGUUCCAAGGGUCUGCGGCUGUGUUGA